UUGCUCAUUAUUUGCCUUUUUCUCUAUACAAAGUGCGUGGGAGGAGAAACGAAAAGGGGAAAAAUCAAAAAAGUUUAAAGAAAAUCGAACCACCACACCGCACGCACAGGAAUUUUUGUUGAUUCUUUUAUCCGUAUAAAUUGUUAUGGCCUAAUUUCGUGUCCCCGUCGAAAGAGACUUCCGGAAUUUUCGUGUGCAACAGCAGCAAAGUACAGCGUACUCGGAAACUAUGUGAAUUAAACGCUCUGCUAAUUAGAUUUUAAGGCGACGAAAGUUGGUGCUUGGUCGACAAAAGAAACAGCAAAACUCCAGCAGGGGAGUUGCACAACAGAUUAUUUAACGAAGGGGCAAAAACAGCAAACAAGAAGAAGCCUUCAAAAUAGGUCUCCUGGGAAGAGCGCUUCGAAAGUUGAACCAUUUGCCGCCCAACGGAAGCCGGAAGAAGCCUAACCAUUGUAAUCUUAUGAGCAUGAAUAAAAUCCUGCUGGUGCUGAUCAUUGCCAGCGGGUUCCUGCUGAUCAUCUAUGCGAAUAGUAGCAUUUUCAAUCGUAGGAAUAUUUUGACGAUUUUCCAGAAGGAUAACAUCGAUCCGGGUGGAAGUUCCGGGCACAGUAGCUUCCUGCCCGGGGAAGCUGUAGCUGGAAGGACGGCUCAUUUGAUCGGAAGCAAUGGAGUGGCUAUAGGUUUGAAACCGAAUGAACUCAAACGGGUCAGAUACAUCCCGAAGGAAAAUAAUGCCACCGAGUAUAAUAUUUUCGUUAUCUACACCAAGGAGGGUCAGAAUCAGAUUCUACGGAACAAGUUUGAGUUGUUCUUGAAGAGUUUGCUGAAGUAUGCAACUGUGCCGUUGCAUUUGCACGUCAUUACAGAUGAGCAGAGUGAACUGUCGGCGGAGGAACUGAUCAAGGAGCAGAUCGAGCACUACCGGAAGGCGAUCGUGUUCUAUACGCUCUAUGAUGUGAAGGACUGCGCCGAGAAGAUCGAGGACAUCGUCAAGAGUAUGCUGCCGCUGUUCAACUAUAAAACAGGAAGCUACUACAGUGACGCACUGUUCCUUAUCUCACUGGGUCUGCAUCGGAUCGUGAACGUCAACAUGAAGCGAGCCAUCCUCAUCGAUUGCGACGUCGUUUUCCGUUCCUCCGUAAAGGAACUUUUCGACCAGUUCGAUUACUUCAAUCCGGACCACCUGUUUGGGCUAGCCCCAGAACUUACACCCGUCUAUCUGCAUAUUCUAUUCAAAUACCGGGCGCAAAACCCCUACACCCUAUUUGGCACCCCGUACUAUCUGAACGGAAGCAGCAGCGCCUUGCUUACCAAUUCGGUGGGUGGCUUCUUCGGUCGAACGGCUCGCAAAACGCGUCACGGUUAUCCGGGAUUGAACUCCGGGGUGGUCAUGCUGCGGCUGGAUCGCAUCCGGCAGUCGCGCCUUUACGAAGAGAUUAUCAAACCGGAAUCGGUUAAAAACAUGGUGGAAAAGUACUCCUUCAAGGGUCACCUGGGCGAUCAGGAUUUCUACACCCUGAUGGGAUUCGAAUUCCCGGGACUGAUUUAUCGGCUCGAUUGCAUCUGGAACCGGCAGCUGUGCACCUGGUGGAAGGAAAACGGUUACGGAAAUGUGUUCGAUAGCUAUUUCCACUGCGAGGGGGCCAUUAAGGUCUAUCACGGAAACUGCAACACCCGAGUUCCGGAAUGAUUCGGAAGAAGGUAAACUUUUUUUAUUCUGCCAUAUCCUCUCUAUAGUAUCGUGUGAAAAAGAUAGAUACGCUAAGCGUUGUCCUUACGAUGUGUACUUUUGUGUUCGUCCAGAGACUAGGGACGAUUUUUACAUACUGACUUAAGUAAUCCAUAUCUAUCGCUAAACAUCUCUUGAUAUCAUAGUGAGUUGAAGACACUUGGCUAGCAACAUUCCAUAUCUCUAUCUUAACGGCAACAUUCUUUGCCAAGCGUUUUGAAGACUCUCGAUUUCAAACUACUGUCUGAUUUUUGGUAGAAAAAAUUGUGAUCUCAUUUUGUGAAAAUGAUCCUUAUUUUAGCAAUAUAUCUUGAUACGUACUACAUUUAUUUUUAAGAUUUCAACUAAAGUUGCAAUAAAAUAACGACCGAAAACGGCCGUUCUUCCAUAAAACGAAUGUGAAACAAUUUCGAAUCUUAAUAGCCAUUUAUUUUCUCUUAGUUUUCACUGUUAUUAUUAGUACAAAAUUAGCGAUUAUUUUAAAGAAACUUUUUAAAACGAUCUGUUACUUAUUGAAAAAAGAAUAUUGAUUUUAUCAGAGUAUAUACCUACUUUAAGUUUAAAACUUACAAAAAAAAAAAACAGCAAUGCAUUCCCAGUAUAUAUCCCACACGAGUUGAAACAAUAAGUAAAGACAAAAAAAUAGAGCGUACGUUGGACGACGAAAUAGUUUGAUAAUAAAGAUUUACCUACUGCUAGAAAGAAGAAAAAAAAAAUAAGAAAAAUAAAUCCAGUAGAGCUGCAGUUUUUAGGGCUCGAAUCAAGCAAACGAACUAGCAGCGAAGCUCGAACUUUUAGCUAAUCGGUGUAGAUUUUUGAAACCUACUAAAAUAACCAAAACGGCUUUGAUUGAACGACGAACGUACAUUUUUAGACGAAACCUAGCGAGAUUAGUAGGAGAAGCCAUCGGGACAAAUCUGAUCGCUCCUUUAAAGGCUAAAUAGAUAUAUAGAACUUACACUAGUUUUACAUUAAAAUAGGAAACAGAUUGAUGACUGCAAUUUGGUGAGAAUUAAAACAAAAAAAAAUCAAACCUUUUGAAUUAGGGGCCGUUAAAAAACUGCUGUAGCCAGUUGAAGUGAAAUUACAACAUAAAAAAAAAACAAAAUAUACAGUAUAUAAUGUUUAGUGAAUGCGCUAAGGGGAAUUGAAUAAAUUUUAUUUCUUCUAACUUAGCUAGUAGUG